AUGCAGCGUCGAAUGCUAACGAAAGAAGACGAGGCGGCGACUGGCGGCGACGGGGUCGAGGUGCGGAGAGAGGACCAGGACAAAAUCAACAAAUUCAGUCGUCUGCACCAGAGGGAGAUAGCCCUCGAAGACGAACUCAAGUCCAAACAGAAAGAGAAGGAAGACUUAGACGACAUCUCCAACGAACUGGAGCUCGCCGACGAAGACGACAAGAUCCCAUACAAAAUCGGCGAUUCUUUCAUUUCUCUGCCACUGCCCGAAGUCCAAGACAUGCUAGCGACGUCGACGAGUAGGAUCGAGGAGGAUGUGUCUGCGCUGGAGGAGAAGCUGGGCACCACGCAGGAGGAGAUGUCACAGCUGAAGGUCGAGCUGUAUGCGCGGUUUGGGAAGAGCAUCAAUCUGGAGACAUGA